GUUUCUACUCACCACCGCAAGUGAACGUCACGGUGCCACUACAGUCGCAGGUAACUCACCGUCACACAAUCCUACUAUUACCGAGAAGAAGGUCUGUACCUAUAAGAGAAAAACUCAUACCAAAUACAGAGGAAUAGGUCGGCUUUCCGGUGUGCAGCGGUUUUCUUCUCUUUUUUCCUUUUACCGUUGCUGCUAAGGGACAUUUAAGCUUUGCUUCACAGAGGAACAACAGCAGCAGCAGAAAAUGCCAAGCGGACCCAAAACCAACAAGUUUACCAACCGCCACAGCGAGGAGGCUCGCCUGCGGGAGGAGGAGCGUCGACUGGACUCCCGCGCAGCUCGCGAGGCCGCCAAGGAAGAUGCCAAGUGGUCAGAGACAGACGCCAAGGUGCUAAAGAAGGAGGAGAAGCAGCGCGAACUGGAACAGAAGCAGGCGGAGAAGGCUGCGCGUGAUGCGGAGAAGAAGGAGCAGCUUGCCGCGGAGGAACGGGAGAUGAACGCCAAGGUGCCCGCUAAAGUGUCCAAGCGUCAAAUUCAGAAGGACCUGUCGAAGAUGCUGGCCGACUACGACAAGCAGCGUGACGCCAUCCGCGGCGUCGAGCACGGCGCGGUGGUGGAGCCGGCGAAGACGGAGGACGAGGCGACGCUCCCGCACGGCAACGUUAAUCGCGAGCGCGGCAUUGCGUCGUUUGCCAGCGGCAAGCAAGACCCGAACGUCAUCAGCGCGUCGGGUAAGGCCGGAGACGUUCUGGCGGCGUUGGAGGGAAAGACAACUGGCGAGGCUGAAAUCCCUGACAACCGUCACAUUGGCAAGCGUGCGCGCGUGCUGUACAGGGCGUUUUAUGCGGAGCACUACGAUGCAGUGAAGGAAGAGAAGCCCGGUCUGCGUCGUGCGCAGUACAACGAUGUUAUAUGGGAGAUGUGGCAGAAGAGCCCGUCGAAUCCGUUUGUGCUACGCAGUGAGAAAGUUGCACAGCAGCGCUUGGAUGAGGAGCGCCGCUGGAUGGAGGGCGACUCGGAAGGUGACGAGGAGGACGAGGAAGAGAAGAAGGAGUGA